AUAUCUAUGAAAACCACUGACUUACACAGUGCACCUCAGUAACCAGCAUGCAGCACGUAAACGGCAGGGCAGAGAGUCACCUGAGCAGUCAGGUAGAGUGUGAACUAGAGAGUGUAGGGAAACGAGCGUGGGUGAACCAGGCAUACUGUGGCACCCCUCCACUGGUAAGGCACUCCGUCAACACUGUCUACAACGUUCCUUCCCAUUUUGGUACACCUAACCCCUACCAGGCCGAGGCCACGGUGCUAAAUCAACAGCAGGAGAAGAAGAAAUCUGGAUGCUGCUCUGCUUUCCUUAAAGGACUAUGGGGAACGACACUGACAAAGGACACAACAAAAAAUCAAGAGCUCUUUCUCAAAACAACUCUCAGAGAGUUAUUUAUCUACAUUCUUUUCCUAGUGGACAUAUGUUUAUUGACCUAUGGCAUGACCAGCUCAACCACCUUCUACUACACUAAAGUUAUGAGUGAUUUGUUUGUGAAUUCAUUUGAGUCUAUUGGCAGCAUGGAUGAUUUUUGGACAUAUGCAGAAGGUCCAUUGAUGGAUGGCCUUUACUGGACCACAUGGUACAAUGACCAGCCUCUUGACACUGGGUCACACUCCUUCAUUUACUACGAGAACAUGCUCCUGGGAGUCCCUCGUAUGCGACAGAUAAAAGUCAAAAACAAUUCAUGCAAGGUGCCAGCAGACUUUCGCACUGAAAUCACUGACUGCUUUGAUGUGUACAAUGAGAAGAAAGAAGAUGAGAGUGCGUUUGGACUUGUCAAUGGAUCAGCCUGGAAGUACCACACAGAAAUUGAGAUGAAAGGGUCAAAUCACUGGGGUUUGCUGGCCACAUACACUGGAGCAGGGUACUAUCAGGACCUUGCCUUGACCAAAAACGAAAGUGUUAUUAUCCUGGCAGAACUCAAAGAAAACCUGUGGCUGGACCAUGGAACCAGGGCUGUUUUCAUUGAUUUUUCCACAUACAAUGCCAAUAUCAAUCUCUUCUGUGUUAUAAGGUUGGUGGUUGAGUUCCCCGCCACUGGUGGAGCAAUACCUUCAUACCAGAUCCGGACAGUUAAGCUGAUUCGGUACGUUACCUCAUGGGAUUACUUCAUCAUCGGCUGUGAGAUGGUCUUCUGUGUGUUCAUCCUUUACUACAUUGUGGAGGAGAUACUGGAGGUCCGCAUACACAAGUGCUCGUAUUUCACCAGCAUCUGGAACAUUCUGGAUGUGAUAGUGUUACUGCUUGCUGUUGUUGCAAUCAUCUUCAAUGUAUUCCGGACUAUCAAAGUAAACAAACUACUUGGAAGCUUACUACAAGACCCUAGCAUCUAUGCAGAUUUUGAAUUUCUGGCAUUUUGGCAAACUCAGUACAACAACAUGAAUGCUGUAAACUUGUUUUUUGCUUGGAUCAAGAUAUUCAAAUACAUCAGUUUCAAUAAGACGAUGUCACAGCUGUCCUCCACGCUGGCACGCUGUGCCACAGACAUCCUGGGGUUUGCCGUCAUGUUCUUCAUUGUGUUUUUUGCCUAUGCCCAGCUGGGCUAUCUUCUGUUUGGUACUCAGGUUGAAUCAUUCAGCACAUUCCAAAAAUGCAUUUUCACCCAGUUUCGGAUCAUCCUUGGAGACUUUGACUACGACGGCAUAGACAGAGCAAACAGAAUCCUGGGGCCGAUAUAUUUUUUCACUUAUGUGUUCUUUGUCUUCUUUGUGUUACUGAACAUGUUUCUGGCCAUCAUCAAUGACACGUACUCUGAGGUCAAGGAGGAGCUCGCCUCCCACGACGAUGACCUCCAUAUUACAGACAUUUUCAAACAGACUGUGAUGAAGCUGAAAUUCAAAAAGGACAGGAUCUCAGAUGUUCAGAAGGCCUUAGAUGGGUCAAAAGACUUGGAGUUUAGGGACUUCAGAGAAACACUAAAAGAAAUGGGUCAUGAUGAUAAUGAUAUCUCUGAAGCUUUCUCCAAAUAUGAUAAGGAUGGCAAUCAGAUUCUAGACCGUGAAGAGCAGGAGAAAAUGAAAAGAGAGCUGGAGGAAAAAAGGAAUGCACUCAAUGCAGAGCUUCGUAACCUUACGCAUGGAAAUAAAGCAGAAGACAACGAGGAGACAAACUCAAGCUCAGUGAAUCAGCAAGAGUUUCAGAUGUUGGUUAAACAAGUGGCUGAAUUGGAAGGUGCUCUAGCCAUCACAAUAUCCAAGAUUGACAUGGUCAUGGAAAAACUGGGAUUGCAGGACACUGCAAAAGCAAACAAAAAACAAAGCAAUGGAAAAACACCUGUCAACCAGAAAUGAGCAAGAGGGGCGAACAUCUGGAAGGCAAUGUUAUGGAAAACCCAGCGCGAGUUCCCAUCUUGGUCAUUGGCUGCUCGGUUGAGAAAUGAAGGAAUUAAUUAUCAAAUAUAGCCUGGCCCACGGUCACAGAGAACAUUAACUCUACAUGUCACUGAAGCAAACAUGACCAAAAUGCCUACAACCUUAUUGGCUAGUAAACUAUAAGAGACUAGGAAAACUACACCUAUUAUAGAAAAUCUUACUCUCGCAUCCAGAAAUAUAGGCUAGAUGACCAUGGUAAAUAUUAUUCUAGAAAUAAACUUGACAUCUUAGCAACUGAUGCAUGUAUUAGUACCUUUACGCAAACAUUUCAUCACAGGAGCAGGAAGACAUCAACCUGGAGAAAUCACACUCUGUUACUCACUUCAGUGUGGAUGUCACAGAUUGUGCGUUUUAUGUCCUGUAUCUUUGCUGUAUUGUGAAACUAGAGUGCUUGUCAUUCACUUAGAUAAUUAUAACUAAUUACUAACCUCACCGCUUUGUGACAGACAUGAAAGUGAGUUUAAUAAAUUCUGUAUGGCAGCUCAAGGGUCUGUACUAGGGGUCGCGAAAGAGUUUAAAUUCUAAGAGAACAAGACAGCCACUGCUGUGCCCUUGAGCAAAAGCCACAAAUUUUCAGAUGUCUGUCUUGACUGUAAAUUUGGAUAAAGGAAUUUUCCCAAUGAAUUAAGACAAAGACCCCAAUUUAUAUGAGAUUAAAGAAUUUAGGUAUAGAGACAACAUUAAGUCAUAGAUUCUGUACUCUGGCUUCACCUUUUGGCUAGAAAGUGAAAACAGAUUUAAUUAAUAUUUAAUAAUCAUAUUCUUGUGUGUGAAGUGUGUAACUUUGCUAAUGCUGAUGGUUAACUGGAAAAAUAAGCCUAUUAAAAAAGCUUUUACUGUAUUACAUGUAAUUAACUGUAGGCAUAUUUGAACUUAUUUAUAAUGUGCUGAUCUUGAAUUGUGAAUGUAAAAUUGCUUGAACCUCAAACACUUCAUGCUUGA